UUUCGUCGCGGUGUUUACUCAAUCCCUCGUAAAUAAAUUACAAACAAUUGAUGACAAAUGUGUUGAUGAAAAAGGAUAUACACCUUUAAAUUCUCGUAAGAGUGGCCAGUACACCCACAUUUCAUCGAAAUGGGUAUUCAUUGAUGAAAAUCGCACAGUAGGGCUUAAAAUAUAUGUAGGUAGGUACUGAAGAGUAUCUACAUAGGUAAUUAGAUAAGUAUUACCGUUCGCUGUAAAUAAUUUAAUUACUGGACUUAAGAUGAAUACUGCAUGAUUUUGGAUUUGAUUCCUGAGGUCGGGCAGUUUUCCAGAAGAUUCGUAAUAGGUGCCAUGUGUACUUUAGUAGGUACGACAAUAAACUUGACAUUUUCACACAUGGAAUUUAUCAUAACCGACAAUAAGUGGGCUAUAGUCCACCUCGUAGAGUAAGAUACCUAAUAUAUGACCACCUCUAGUUGCUUCUUUAUGGAAUAAAACGCCUGAGGCUCUAUAAAACCACGGGGCCUGACUACCAAUUUUCUAUUACUACGAUUCUACAGUUCUGUAGUUAAUAAUUUAUCUCAAUUAGACCAGAAAGGCACUUGUGAAAGUCAACGAAAAAUUAAAAGUAAAGCUAUUUGCCCAUUUCCAAUUAUGGAGAAGAUUGGUUUCUUGAGCGAAAUGGAGAAGAACGAGCAAGAAACUCCAUACCUAGGUUACUCUUUUUCAAUCAGGUGGAAUUGUAGUCGGGCUCUGUGACCUCAGAAGUACCAGUAAGUAGUUCCCCUAUAACGUAGGUGCUCAUUAUACUCUUUGGUAGAUGCACAAUUAAUUAUGGUAGAUAAUGCAGUUAUUUCAGUUGUUAUGGUAACAUAACAUACCCAAUGGUUGUUUAGCAACGAAUUCUGAUCGCAAUUGACAAGUUUAGUUUCAUUAUGAAGAAUUUUUAUAGCGUAUAUUACUUAUUUGUUAUUUAAAAUAUCUUUUAAAUAUGGCUUCGAGAUUCACAGACGACGAAGAUGAUGUUUUGGCGCCAAAGGAACCGCAGGUCACUUCUUUAGAACCUGAAGAACGUAAAGCAGCUCGAUCCCUCCGUAUAAAAAGAAGACAGGAUGCACUCAAAAGAGCUGACCAGCCUGCUGAGGAAGCUGCAGCGGAAGAAGAACCGAGUCCCAUAGAGCAGGCGACAUCCACUGCUGCCGAGGAACUACAACGACUGGCGUUAGAUGGCGCUGCUAAAGUUACCAAUGUCAAGGUCACCACAGAUGAGCGCGAAGUCAUCAGGCGCACAAAUUUCUUUGAGAAAAUGUCAAGUUCAUUAAAAAAGAUUGAGGAGGAGGCAAUUGAAGCACAAACACAAUAUGAAGCUAUUUCGGAAAACUGGGAAAAAAUGUUACAAAUCAAAGAUCCUUUGGAUAUCGACGCUGAGAUGAAAGAACAAAAGAAAACAUGCGAUGCAUUACUUGAACAAAAAGAUGCACUUAUUGCCGAACUUAAAAGUGAUCUGAAACGGAUGGAUGAAGCUUAUUAUGAAGAUUUGGAGAAACAGGAUCACGACAUCAAAGAAUUAUCAGACAGAAUCGAGAAACAAAUAACAAUAAUGCAAAGAGCUUAUGCAAAGCAGCUGACUCUCAUUGAAGCAGCAGUUAAUAUCGAAAGGCAAGCAAUGACGGAACAUAACAACAAGAGAUGGGAGGCACUCCACAAACAAUGUGACAAAGAAGAAGUCGCUCAUAUGGAGUAUCGAUUCACACAGCUAGAUGAGCACAAGCAAGAAAUGGAAGCAAUAAUGUGGGACCACCACGAAAAAUAUCGAGAAGCCAAGAUAGAACUGGAAUCAUUAAUACAAGAACUGCAACAAGAGUUGGAAAAAUUAAAGGCUAUAUGUAUAAUUAACACUGAGAAAAUUGGCUAUACGUAUCAGGUUCUAAAAAAACGUGAAGAAGAAAAUGUGUUUGUCAGAUCCCAACAGAAACGGAAACUCAAUAAAAUGUCCGACAUAGCUAAUGCUUUGAGAUCGAAAAUUCGCAAAGCAGCUGAGGAUGGUGCCAUAGAGGAAAUAAAAGCAGACGCUGAAAUUAACAAGUUGAUGCAAACAAUGGACGAUUUAGAGAAGAAAUCUGAUCAUUUUUCGCGAGUUAACCAUUAUAAGUUCUCCCAAGUGUGGCGUAUGUGCGCUUCAAGAUGCAUGGAUUUGAGUAAACAGUUGCGACAUGGAGAGAUAGCAUUGCAUGCUCAUAUACUAGCAGAACCACCUCCUCCACCACCGCAGAAACCGCCUAAAAGUCCUUUAAAUAAACUUGAGGAUGUCAAGAAAGGGCAAACACCUGCUAAGGAACACGUUAUUGAUCCUAAUGACGGAACUGAGGAAGCAAAAGAAAAUUUGGUUCGACAUAUACUACAACUUGUAGCUGAUAACACCGGGUUUUUAGUUGAAGACCGUUUACUAAAACUCAUAGAAAAGUAUCAGUUGAAGUCCAGAAAUUUGUGUACGUUGGAUGCAAUAUUUAUGGCACUAGAAAUACAAGCGGAAGAAGAUAUAGAACUCUUGUGUGGAACGUUCCUGAACUAUGCGUUUUGUCCUAUUUGCGUCGGUUUGGAAGUGGCGUCGGAAUUCGCCCCCGGUGGCUCAGGGGGCUCGCAGGAUCAGUUAUCUAAAAUAGAGUCCCAAGGUGUUGUUACUACUACUCGACCAAAAGGCGACAGAAUGUCCAUGGCCAGAGGUCGUACAAGUGUCGCUGCUCGAAGUGUGUCUGCCAGUACGUCGCGAUCUGCUCACCUUACCUUCAGGUUUGGAAAUAUAAAGGCUCAUGAGUUAUCACCGGUGGAACAAUUGUUACUGACAGAGGCUGAUGAAAUUAUGCAAAAGUAUGGAGAUUAUCAAGAAACUGUUUUGGUGACUGCGGGGACUCCCGAUGGAGGUUCCGCUGUUGGCAGAAGGCCGGGAGGGCGCGGCGUUACAGUAGCAACUCAACGAAAAGAUGUGAAAACUCCUCCUAAAGAUGAAGUCAAUCCCUUUUUGUGUCCACUGGGACAUGUCCUGGAAAUUGAAUCAAUGCAAGUCUUAACAGCUUUGAGUGAAUUCAUAUCAGUCUUUGUUCCACCUGAGAAGCAAAAACUACAUAACAUUUUACACAGCUUAAAACCACCGAAUUUUGACACACCAUCUCGCAAACUUACCGAGGAAGAGAUCACCAGCUACUGGACGCAGUGGAAAAACAUAUAUCCCCCAGAAAAGGAGAAAUUUUGGGAUGGGUUGUUGACUGGUCUCAACAAUUAUUUGGAAAUCUUGCAAGAACGGGAACGAGUGCACGAGGAGGUGGUGGAACUGCGUCGUCGUAACGUAGCGCUCCGUCAGUUAGUGCGGGGCGCACUUCCCGAAUUACCCGUACCGGUGCCAAAGUACGCGCAACCCGCCUCGAAGUCGUUUGCCGCACCAGUUCCGGAUACAGCACCUACAGCAUAUGCUAGGCUACCACCUAUCUCAAAUAAGAAUUAGUGAAAAUUACCGUACGCCCCGUUUUGGGAACCGCUUUGUUCGCUAAGUCAAGAUGUUGAAGAAAUCUGAACUUAUUCAACAGAUCAUUACAAGUAUCUUUGCUAGCCGUCAUACAUACAUGGACUAUUGGAUUACUACAUUACACCAUUGGCAUUAACCAUUAAUAUUGGCGUCGUCUUAGAUGUUGUUAUAAUAACCCUUGAGUUAUUUAUGUACUUGUUUAACUUUAUUUUUAUUAACUAAAUUAGUGAAAAAAUAAAUAUUGA